GAAAACAAAAUCGACUAUGGAAAGCGCGGACACGAACAGCGAAGUGGAAAAUGACGCAGAAAUGAAGAUCUUGAGAGACAAAUUCAGGCUCUCUGCAAUCGCCAUCACCGAAUCUCAAGCAAAACAUAACGGCAUGACAGUUUCAAAAGUAGUAGUCACUUGCAUCGCGGACUUAGCCUUCAAGUAUACAGAGGGUGUGGCUAAGGAUCUUCGUCUGUUUGCUCAACAUGCGAAUCGUAAAUCUGUAAAUAUGGAAGAUGUGAUACUCUGUGCACAUAGGAAUGAACAUCUAUCUGGCUUGUUGAGGACGUUUUCCAAUGAUUUAAAAGUCAAAGAUCCUCAAUCUGAAAGGAAACGAAAGAAAGAGACCAAAAAGAACGACAAAUGAACCGCUUAGCGCUUAUGCCUGAUGCACAUAUAUGGUCCGUUCUGUAUUGGUACCGUUGGAAAAAUUUAUGUAUAUUUUCUUUCCUAUCUAUGUUUUUAGUUAUAUAAUUUUAGGGCAAAUUUUAUAUGCAGUUUCUCCUAGUAUACUAUUUUAAGAAAUAUGUACAAAAUAUGUCGAGAGAUGUCCGUUUACUAGAGCAGAUUUUUCCUGAUUAGUGUUGUUGACCCGUAUAAUGCUAGAGCGAGUUACCAAACUGAACUGGUUUGGCAUAGUGAUGAUAUGAUACUAUCUAAUAGUUGGUUAUUUUGUAAAA